UGUGUGGUUGUCAGUCGCGAUCUGUGUGUGGUUCAGUCGUGAUCUGUGUGGUUCAGUCGCGAUCUGUGUGUGAUUCAGUCGUGAUCUGUGUGGUUGUCAGUCGCGAUCUGUGUGUGGUUCAGUCGUGAUCUGUGUGGUUGUCAGACACGAUCUGUGUGGUUGACAAAGUCCAUAAUGUCAACAUUUAUCAACUGUACAUAAAUGUCAGUGUGGACAAUAACAUGGAGAUGCUUCAUCUGCUAGCAGUGGCUUUCCAUGAAGAAAUACCCGCGCUGAGACACAAAGAUGCAGACGUGACGUCGAAUAACUGACAGAGUCUUUGCGAGUCCACUUCCCUAUUUGUUCCAAACAAAAGUUUCAAGCGUUCAAAGCAGAGUGCAUUCACUGUUUUGCUUGCUUACCGCGUCACAUUCAGCAUGGGGAACUUGGCAGCCAACGAGGGACUCUCCAUCUUUGUCAUUCUUGUUUGGCUUGGGAUUAACGCCUUCCUCUUCGUCCACUUCUACAUGGCUUUUCUUGUCGACAAGUGGUUCUACACACGGGUUCUGCUCGGGCAUGCUCUGUCCUGGGCUCGAGCGCCUGCCGCCUGCCUCAACUUCAACUGCAUGCUCAUCUUGCUGCCCGUCUGCAGGAAUCUUCUUUCCUUCCUGCGCGGCUCCAUCCAGUUCUGCAGCCGCACAGCCGCUCGCCAACUGGACCGGAACAUCACUUUCCACAAGCUGGUGGCUUAUAUGAUCGCCUUUCACACAGCCGUGCAUAUCAUUGCACACUUGUUCAACUUUGAGUAUUUCAUGGACGCGCAGCUCAAUCGCAACAGCAGCUUCCUGCCCUACAUCCUGUCGGACAUUGGCCAUGGUGACAAUGCGUCCUUCCUCAACCCCAUCAGGUCCAAUGAGACUAACCCGACCAUCGUCAUGUUUACAACCAUCGCCGGUGUGACGGGUGUGAUCAUUACGCUAGCUCUCAUCCUCAUCAUCACUUCCUCAAUGGAAGUCAUCCGCAGGUCAUACUUCGAGGUGUUCUGGUACACACAUCAUCUUUUUGUCCUGUUCUUCAUUGGACUGGUGCUCCACGGCUUUGGGAGGAUUGUGCGAGGACAGACGGCAACCAGCAUGAUCACCAAUGACCCACAUGUCUGUGCCGAAAAGUUUGAGGACUGGGGGAAAAACGAGUCGUAUUGUGCGGUUCCAGAGUUUGCGGGAAACCCACCAAUGACCUGGAAGUGGAUUGCGGGACCUAUGAUCCUCUAUGUAUGCGAAAGGCUAGUUCGUAUCUAUCGAUCACACCAGAAAGUGGUGAUCACCAAGGUGGUGAUGCAUCCCUCCAAAACUCUGGAGUUGCAGAUGAGGAAGAAAGGUUUCCGCAUGGAGGUGGGUCAGUACGUCUUCAUCCAAUGUCCGUCUGUCUCCAGACUGGAAUGGCACCCCUUUACCAUGACCUCAGCCCCAGAGGAGGACUAUUUCAGUGUCCAUAUUCGAAUUGUUGGGGACUGGACUCAAGCUUUGUAUGAAGCCUGCGGGGGAGACAAAACUGAGCCUCAGGAGGCCUGGAAACUGCCCAAGGUGGCCAUCGAUGGGCCAUUUGGCACAGCCAGCGAGGACGUGUUUCGGUACGAGGUAGUCAUGCUCGUCGGGGCGGGAAUCGGCGUGACACCUUUCGCAUCCAUCCUCAAGUCUGUGUGGUACAAACGCAUCCAGAAUAACCAGGACGUUUUCACCAAGAAGAUCUACUUCUACUGGCUGUGCCCCGAGACGCAGGCCUUUGAGUGGUUUGCAGACCUGCUGCAGUCACUGGAGGGACAAAUGGCGGAAAAGAACGUGACAGACUUCCUGAGCUACAACAUCUACCUCACCCGCUGGAAGGAGGCAGAGGCAGCCCACUUUUGGGUGCACCACGAGGCGGAGAACGACCCAAUCACAGGGCUCAAGCAGAAGACUCUUUAUGGGAAGCCUAACUGGGACACUGAGUUCACCAGCAUUGCGACCAAGCAUCCCGGAACCAAAGUUGGAGUCUUCCUGUGCGGGCCACCGCAACUGGGGAAGUCCCUGGAGACCCAGUGUUUGUCACACUCUGAAGCUGACGUCAAGUUCAUUUUUAACAAGGAAAAUUUUUAACCUUGGGUCCAGGGACCAACACAGCAACCUGAAUAAAUAAACCUUUUUUUAAGACAUUAGAAAGACUGAGAACUUGGAACGGAAGACUCUGACAUUUGCAUCCCACCGGAUUGUUUACAAAAGUGUCGCUGUUGCACAAAAGCAGAUAGAUUAACUAUGUGGUACUUUCCACAUGGGCCUUGUUCUGCUUUAGUGGUGUAUCAAUAGUUGGUUUCACAACCUUGCUUCUGUUUUUCUUUUUCAGUUAAUAUUCUCUCAUCCACUCUCACAAGUCACAGUUACCAAUGUUCGUAUGCAAACAGGAGAACUUUCACUUCUCCAAAGUGUGAUUUAACUGAAUGUAUAUAUUUUGAAGUGAAAGAGCCUUAUCAAAGGACAUGUACUGUAUAUACUGUACCUUCCAGUGACCUAGUCAGAGUCACACUUUUUCCAGCGAAAGACAUACAGAAAUAUUAAAAAGAGGCCAGGAUGCGAGGCUCCUUUUAAUACAUUUUGUCUACAUUAAAGAAUGCUAAUAUCAAAUGUUGGUCAAUAUUUUCGGGACAGGACAUCAUCUUAACUUUGUUAUACAGGUGAAAAAGCCAAUCAGUAAUACUGUAUGUCUAAGUAACAAUGAAUUAGUUGUACAAUAUUUAUAUUAAUAUAAUGAACAGCAGAUUUGACAACAUACCAAGGGUCAAUAGCCUCCAGACUGUGCGGUUGACACUGGUGACCCUCAAUUAAAGUUAUUCCUGAUCUAGUUUUCAUCUUUGUGAUUCACAUUCCAUCUUAUGUUGUCAAUCAACAUAAGCAGGUAUCUUUUUUUGUUCUUACUAACUUUGGUAUGUCUAAAUCAGUGGUUCUUAACCUGGGUUGGAUGGAACCUUAGGGGUUCGGUGAGUCGGGCUCAGGGGUUCGGCGGAGGUCAAGACACACCCGACUCAUCGUGUAAAUAAAAACUUCUCCCUUUCGGCGUAUUACGGAUACGGCAACAGCAGAAGUCACACUGAUUUGCAGGUGUGUCAUUUGUUGUGAGUUUAUGCACUGUGUUGGUUUUGUUCUUUGAACAAGGUGAUGUUCAUGCAUGCUUCAUUUUGUGCACCAGUAAAAAAACAUGGUAACACUUUAGUAUGGGGAACAUAUUCACCAUUAAUUAGUUGCUUAUUAACAUGCAAAUUAGUAACAUAUUGGCUCUUAACUAGUCAUUAUUAAGUACUUAUUAAUGCCAUUCGGCAUGGCCUUAUUAUAACCCUAACCCUCUAACCCUGGCUCUAACCCUAACCCUAACCAAAUAACUCUAAAUUAAGUCUAUGUUACUUAGAAUAUGUUCCCCUAGUGUCCAAAAAACUCUAAAUUA